AUGGGGAAUCUUCCAGCAGACAGGUUUAGGGAAGGUCGUCCGUUCCUGAUUUGCGGGGUAGACUUUUGUGGUCCCAUCAACGUCUCGCUUCGGAUUCGAGGUCGUCAGCCGCUCAAAAUGUACGUAGCGCUUCAUCGCAAGACGUGGCGUUCCGCUGAGGAUGUAUUCCGACAAUGGGACAAAUUUCGUUGGAGCCCGGAACGAGCUGCAGAGGCUUCAGGAAGCGUUCGAGGAGCAGCAGUCCAGCCUGAGGACGUUCGCGGCGGAGCAAGGGAUGGAGUGGAAGUUCAUCCCCCGCGAGCACCGCACUUCGGCGGUUUAUGGGAGGCGGCCGUCAAGUCGGCAAAGCUGCUGAUCGUGCGGCAGGUCGCGGACGCCGCGCUCACCGAGAGCGAGGUGAGGACCGUGUUGGCCGAGGCCAUCAUGAAUUCCAGGCCGCUCACUCCAGCCAGGUGCGAGCCAGACGGACGGAGCAGCGGUACCACCUAUACCAAGAGGUGGCAACUACUCUCCGAGCUCAAGCGACGGUUCUGGCAGGCUUGGUCGAAGGACUACGUCCACAACCUGCAGGGACGCAGCAAAUGGCAAACCCCAGAGGCCAACAUCGAGGUCGGCGCCAUGGUGGUGGUCCACAACGACCAUACGCCGCCGCAGCAGUGGAUCACCGGCAGUCCAAUGGAUGCCAAUUACUCUAUAGUCCGGUAUUCAGAUCAGAAAAAAGAUUUAUUGCAACACGUGCCAUACAUUUUGCUAGCGGCCGAGUGUGACCAGAGGUAUGCAGUACAUGCCAUACUGUUACACUUGUGA